CCCGAGCCAUUCCACGAAAGACUCUGCCGAAGACGCGCGUAAACAUACCUACUCAUGCGUGUAAAAUAAUUUGCAGAUUUGGAGAAAAUAUGUGCUACGAGUAAUUUGAAUCUGUGAUAUAGUGUUUAAAAUAUGAAGUUGGUAGUGCUAUUUGUGUUUUGCGUGAGUUGUCUCGUGGGCGCGCAAGAUGAAUUCGCAGACGGUGAUGACGUGACAGAAACAUGCUGUACACACGGAGCGGACUCGGCGCUGCCCCUGUCGUCAGCCCGAGAAUGUGGAACCAUAGGGCUCCCGGACUACAUAGAGCCGGAGCAGGAGGCCGCGUGCAGGGCUAGCGUGGCGAGCUGCUGCCAGGAUCACUUUAAGCAAAAGGAUGAUUGCGCUGCUGGCGCAAAGUAUGCCGAUAGCAAACGAUGUAGUGUACCAAGCACAGACAUCGGAAAGACAUGCUGCGAAGAGUGCAAAUUCGGUGCGCUAACAGGAGAGUCCCAGGGGAUAGAGGCCUGCGGGAGCUCUCCUACAGCAGACGUCUCCCCUGCAUCAUACCUGAGGAAAACCUCUUAUUAUAAAUGCUGUGUUGAAGCGGCAACAAAGCCGACAACAACCGAAGCUCCGCCAACGACAAGCACAGAAGCAGUACGGCAUUGCGAGCCUGCGUCCUGCCGAGCAGACCAGGAGUGCGACGACAGUGAGGGCGUUAUCCGAUGCCUGUGCCGCAGUGGCUUUAGGAAACAAAAGGAUGGCUCUUGCAAAGAUAUCAACGAAUGCGCCGAAUCUGCAGACAACCUCUGCACGCAAGAGGACCACGUGUGCCACAACACCCCGGGCUCCUACAAAUGCGUGCCGCUGAAGAAGCGAGAAGUGGCCGGUUGCCCACCGGGGUUCAAAAAGAAUGUCAUCAACCAAGUGUGCGAUGAUAUAAACGAAUGCCAACUCCCGCGCCCUCCCUGUCCGAAGUACCUCUGCGAGAACACCAUUGGGGGCUUCAAGUGCAACGGCAAACCUGGGACCCCGGCCGUUGAGGGUGCUACCGAGGCCGCGCCCGCAGAGCUCCCUGCGCGGAACGACAUAUGCCCUAAGGGGUUCAGGGCUGGUGCCAAUGAUGAGUGUGUUGACAUUGACGAAUGUGAUGAGCACCUCGACGACUGCCAGCGGUUGUCGCAGCACUGCAUCAACACCCACGGCGCUUUCUUCUGUCAGGAUCACGUCUCCAAGCGAUGUGCUCCUGGCUUCAAGGUCAACAGUGCUACUGGUAUCUGCGAAGAUAUAAACGAGUGCGAAGAAGGUUCGGAGGUUUGCAAGAGAAAUCAAGUUUGCGUUAACCUCCCAGGGGCUUAUGACUGCAAGUCCAAAAUUAGCACGUUACCAAAGUUGGCUUCAAAAACUUGCCAAGAGGGAACCAGGAUGCGUGUUGGAAGCAACAAAUGCGAUGACAUCGAUGAAUGCAGAGAGGGCACUCAUCUUUGCGACCAGUUCCAGAACUGCAUUAACACGUUCGGCGGACACGAGUGCCGCUGUAAGAACGGUUUUGAGCUGGACUCUACGUCAGGAUCCUGUGAAGAUGUGGACGAAUGCGCCAUGAAGCUGGACAACUGUGGUCCUGGACUCCAUUGUCUUAACGUGCUGGGAUCAUUCACUUGCACGCGACGAGCUCCCACUUCUUCUACCACAACCACCCCCGCACCCACUUCAAACGACUAUGAGUACUAUUAUACUGACAGUGAUGAAGAACCGACCAACGACACACGAAAUCCAGGACCACCAGGACCCGGGUCAGGAGGUGCCAGCAAACCUUCUCCUAAACCUAAUCCUCCUCCGCCUCCUCCAAAAGCUACUACCACUUCUACCACUACAACAAGCACCACCACUACUACAACUCCUAAGCCUACUCCUACUCUUAAACCUACUACUACGCCAAGACCACCGCCACCUAGACCGUACCGACCACCCCCUACCCAAUACGAUCCUUUCGGCAGACCGAAUACUAGACCAUACACCAACAGACCCAGACCCAAUCCAACAAACCCUACUCCACCAGAAACUACCACACCUAACCGAGAAGGCUCUAGAAGACCUGAGAAUAGACUUCCUAACAGUAAUGUUCGUCCUCCGACGACACCAGAGGUGGUUGAAAAAGAGAAGAAUCCGGAUGGAGGAGUGGAGUUGGAUACAUCGGAGAUCCCUAAAGACAAGUGGACGAACGUCAUUGGGAAGGAUAAGGAUAAUGGACCGGACGAUUUUGAUCCGAAUGAGCUGCAUUGUUUGAACGGGUAUGAGAAGAAUGCAGCGGGUGAUUGCGUUGAUAUCGACGAAUGCGCAGGCCGCCACAUAUGCAGCGCACUAGAAACCUGCAAGAACGAGCCUGGACGGUACCGCUGCGAGUGUAUAACGGGCUUCAGAAGAGACCCGUCGGGGUACUGUGCAGUGGCACCCACCAUCCCCACCACGUCCUCCACUACUACUUCAACUACUACGACAACUACGACUACAACAGAGGCCCCUCGGCGCUACAUUCCACCACAAUCCCGACCGCAACCCCGACCGCAACCAUCACCACAACCACGGCCACAACUACGACCGCAACCGCAACGGCCGCCACAGACACCGCACUUCUGCGAAAUGGGGUACAUCUACGACUCCAGGCAGGGACAGUGUGUCGAUAUCGAUGAGUGCGCUACGAAUCGUCACACUUGCGUGGCGAAUGAGCGCUGCGUCAACGUUGAUGGCGGCUUCCAGUGCGAAAAGGCACCUAUAUAUGUUCCACCAACACAAAACCCGCCCAGACCCCGUCCCAAUUCCCGGGAUCCUCACGUGAUCACAGUAGGCGCCCAGUAUGGCACUCGCGGACCUCGCUACCGUCGUCCAACGUAUUCACGCGUGCGCGAGGUCGACGCGGUGAUGACGUCGUGUCAGAAGGGCUACCGGCUUACCUCAGACAAGAUGUGUUUAGACAUCGAUGAAUGCGCCGUGAAUCAGUCAGAAUGCGGUCCUCAACAGCGCUGCGAAAACUUCUUUGGCGGACAUUCUUGCCAGUGCCCUGCAGGACACCAGCUGGUCGGCGCUAAAGAUUGCGAGGACAUCGACGAGUGUCAAUACGGAAACCCUUGUUCGUACUCUUCGAAAUGCGUCAACACCGUCGGUUCCUUCCGCUGCGAGUGCAAUGAAGGCUUCAGAAAUGCACGCUCCAAUGACAAAGUAUGCAUGGACGUAGACGAGUGCACGGAGACUCCGGGCAUCUGCCAGCAGGGCUGUGCUAAUGCGUGGGGCUCCUACCGCUGCUACUGCCACCAGGGAUACAGGAUGCAGGAGGAUGGCAAGACUUGUGUAGACGUGGACGAGUGUGCAGAAUUCGCCGCGUCCGCCUCAAGUCGUAACCGCGCGCGUCUGUGCGGCGGCGAGUGCGUCAAUGAACCUGGCAGCUAUCGCUGUUCAUGCCCCAAAGGCUAUCGGCUAUCAGAAGAUCAGCAUAGUUGUAUCGAUAUUGACGAGUGCGAGACUGGCGAAGCUUCGUGUGCUCGGUCUUCGGAUCCUAGUCAAGUGUGCCAAAACACGCGCGGAAGCUACCAUUGCCACACCAUCAGCUGUCCAGCAGGAUACCAGCUGGAAGCUAAGCAUCGGUGCACGCGCAUCCAGCGGACUUGCGCGAUGUCAGAUUGGGACUGCGUGCAUCAGCCGAGCAGUUACAGCUACAACUUCAUCACGUUUGUCGCCAAUAUUUACUUACCACUCGGCCGGGUCGACCUGUUUACAAUGCAUGGGCCAGCGUGGGCAGACUCCUUCAUGAGUUUCGAGAUGAGGCUCGUAGACGUGCAGGCGGCGCCGGGAGUCACGCCGGCUAGUCUGGCCUGUUUCGACACGCGGCCCACCGGCAACAUGUGCGUCGUGUCUCUGCUGUGCGCGCUGGAAGGGCCGCAGGUGGCCGAGCUGGAGCUGACGAUGUCGCUGUACCAGCGCCGGCAGUUCGCGGGCAGCGCCGUGGCGAGGCUCGUCGUCAUCGUGUCGCAGUACGAGUACUAAUAUCUCCAGCAGCAGCAGGCAGGCUGCUAAAUUUAGCAACUUUUGGAACUUCAAAUUUGCUAAAUUGAGUUUUUAUCAACUUUUGUAACUUAAUUGCCAAAUAGCAAUUUUUUCCAUACAUUUGUGCAUCAAGAGGGUUGAACAAACUGGACAAAGGUAGCUCAACAGUGAUUGUGAUGCAACUCACACUGGUGUUUUCGAGAACCUACUUAAAGAAGAAGUUGCCAUGAAAUCUUAAUUUAAGUGGGCUCCCUAAAUUAGCUGUUCUUAAGGUUUAGAUAUUAUGGAUUGUAUGUUUUAUUUUAUUUAUUUUUACAGUUGACUGUUACAUUUUUGUAAAUAAAAUAAUUCUACCUAUA